AUCAAAACACCCAACCAUUGCAUAAUGUACAAAAGUAUGUACCGUAAAAAAAAAUCGUACCGAGCGUGACGCGUGACGUGUGAGAGAGGCGGUCGGGCAGGCGGGGUAGGUGGAUAGGCGGCGCACAGGCGCGCACGAAGCGGCCCACAUCACCGUGAACGAGAACCCGAGGAGACGAGACGAGACGAGGCGAGAGCAGACAAGUAGGAGUAGGCGUAGACGUAUCAUAGACGUGAGUAAAAGUAGAAAAAAAAAGAAACAAGUAUCGGUACAGAGACUAUUGGAUGAUAGAAGUACACGAUUGCGCCGAGACGAGACCGAGACUGAGAGGAGCGUGGAUAGUAAUGAGACAUGGAGACACGGGCUGGCCGGGGACGUGAUACGGGCCGAGCCCCAGACACGACGACACCAACGGGCAAGACAAGACGAGACGAGCGAUAUGAUACGGAUAUGGUACGACCGGAAACCGCGAUACAGAUGAAAAAAAAAAGGCCACGAGAGAGGGGGAGAGGGGGCGGCGUUAAAAGGAUACAGCAAAAAAGCCACGAACGAGAGGGACUCGAAAAACAUAAAGAAAAACAGCCAAGCCAAAGUCGCCCGACAAGUCCAAAGGCGACGAGACCGCGGCGUAGUACCGAGGGAUCGCGAUCGCGGAUGAUGUUGAACCACGACACGAACGAAUGAGACCUCGAUGGCGGGAGGCUGGCUGGCUGGCCCG